AUGGCCAAGUCCUGUAUUAUGCGAGACGUCCAACAGACCCAGGCGUUGUUCUCACAAGGUCGGCAAGCGAGAAAGCCCCCGGCGCCGGCCGUUGAGCGAUCGAAGCUCCCCUACACCCCUUCGAGCUCGACCCGGACACCUGCACCCGUCGUCGUGAGGGCGGUGAAGACGCCGGCACCCACCAUACCGACGAAGAAGCCCUCACCGCUCGCAUCCGGCCCAUCAUCGACACCGGCGGCGCCGAUCCGAGCGCUCCCCCCCGCUUCCCCGAGGAGGCCGACAGUUCCGUUGGCCUCAACCGGGAAACGCCAGCGCGAUGGUGAAGGCUUACAGAAGCCGGAGGAGACAAGAGCGGAGCGGAUGAAAGCGGCACCGCGCAGACUCCAGAACAUCGGGCCCGUCCCCACCACUGCCAUCGCCACCGCCUCCACCAUCACCGCAGCCACCAUCACCACCUCCACCGCCACCACCGCCACCACCAUCACCAUCACCGCCACCGUCACUGCCACCACCGCCACCACCCCCCCCGCCACCACCAUCACCGCCUCCACCACCGCCACCACCGCCACCGCCACCACCGCCUCCACUGCCACCAUCACCGCCGCCACCUCCUGCUCCGAGAAAGACGUAGAGACGAUUGCGGCUGCCAAGAAGAUUGCGGAGGUGCACUGCUGCCACCAACCGCAGCACGAAAACGAGGGGUGGGUACGGGUGCCGUACCUGAGCGACGAGGACGAAGGAAAGGAGGUGGCCGGUGCAUUUGUCCACCUUCCCGUGACGAUCCUUCCACCGACCUGCGGCCAGGUUUGCGACGAGGGCACGGUGUACGUCCGACCGGGCGGAGGACCGCCGACCCGAGAGUGGUACCACGAGGACCAGCGUGUUGUCUGGAAGGUGCCCAAGUCCAUCAUUCUGGACAAGGUAAUCCUGACCUUCUCAGCAGCAAGCAGAGACGCUCGCUGCCUCAGGAAUAUGGUGCCCGCGGGAAAAGGCGCAAAGUGCGACGCCUGCCACGACGACAGGCGGGGGUGCAGCUGGACGCCCGACGGGCUCGAGUUGCUCUGCAACUACUGCGCAGAUGCGCCUCGCCGCGAGGUGGGCGACUACUGUGUGUUGGGACAGAAACCGCCUGACACGUGGUGUUGCUUCCCCUGGCAACGGGGCUGA